AUGAUGUCUAGCGCAUAUGCCCUAAAGAACCUGGAAGGGUGGGAGUACAAGGUUGCCGAUAAAACAGACCGAUUCAUCAAAGCUUGCGAUGCCCACUGCACUACGCCUCUUUCUGANGGUCAUGUCCUUCCAGAUCCGCGAGAUGUCAAAUUCGAUUACCGAGCGUAUAGCAACUUCUUCACUCUAGAUGCAAUCGCCGACAUUGGUCUCUCAGAAAGAUUGGGCUUCCUGGAUGCUGGUAGCGACAAAGUCGUAGGCGAGAAGAUGGAUGGUACAAUUUACGAAGUGGAAUCGUACCGCGCAGGUCUUCACGCUACUGCCAAAGCACAAGCCGUUCUUGUUUGGGCUACCGAGUGGUAUGACUUCAACAGCAAGUAUGUUUCAAAGAUCUUCCCAAGCUUUCGUAAGAUGUGGAAGCUCAACGAAGGCUGGAACGAUCUGGUCUACCACAGGGCCACGAAACGCCUGGCACGCUAUCGUGCUGGUGAGAAGCUUGACGAUUUCUUCCAGGCGCUCAUGGAGGAUAAGAACGGCAAUUCAAACAACCUCGAAUGGGGUGAAGUGGUCGCGGAAGUCAGCAUCAUGCUUAACGCGGGUUCUGACACCACCGCCCUUGCCAUGAACAACGUAAUGGUCUGGUUGUUGAAGAACCCGGAAUGUCUUUCACGCCUCCGCGANGUCGACGCCGUCCUCGAACCCGAAGAGGUUGUCGCCUCGUAUGAUAAAGUCAAACACCUUCCUUACCUUCGUGCCUGUCUGGACGAGUCACUGCGUGUCACGCCAUCGACAACCUUCGGUCUACCGAGGCGCACUCCUCCUGAGGGCUCGAGGAUACUUGACGAGUGGAUNCGGGGUGAUACGACAGUAUCUAUAUCAGCAUACGUCGCACAUCGUGAUCCUAUCAUUUUCCCCGAGCCUGAAAAAUUCAAUCCGGACCGAUGGUUGGGACANAAAGGCAAGGAUUUGCAGCCGUACUUCAUAAGUUUCAGUACUGGCUCUCGGGGUUGUAUUGGUCGUAAUAUCAGUUAUCUCGAACAGACUGUGCUCCUUGCCAGUGUUGUUCAUAGGUACGGCUUUGCCUUGCCUCAUCCCGGGUGGGAACAGGUCAGGUGGGAGACCACGAACUUGAUGGCAGGCCCUCUGCCCUUGAAGGUUUGGAGGAGAGAUCUCGGUGUGGCUAAGGCUUAG